AUGGCCCCAUGCAGUGAGGACUUCCCACCACCUCAACACGGCUCGGCCACCUGUGCUGCUACCACCAGCGGAGGGCAGUUCUGCACAGUCGCCUGCGAAUCCCAACACGAGUUCGCCUGCACACCUGCUGACGGUUACAGCUGUGACCUGGCGGGUCAGUGGCAUGAGCUGGGCCGGACAACAUGUCCCGAUAGGCUGACGGAAAACGCACCCUGGCCGGACUGUUCGAGGGCACAUUACACAGGAUACCCUCGACAAAAGAGUGAGGUGGAUUUCUAUUUCGACGGAGACUGCCAAAGCAACAAUUCCAACAUCAUACAGAUGUUCGAGCGCCUGUUCAACACACUUGAUGGAGCAGCAACCUCGGGAUCAGGAACGUGCAACAUUGAGAACGUCAACGUGGCAUGCGGCAGCACUAAGCGGUCUGUAGAAACCCCCCGAUCCGGCCCUGGUUUCGUCGUGCAGUUUGACAUCGUCGCCGUCAGCACCCUGCCAGCUGACCAGAUCACGGCUGUGGAUCAGGGCGAUCUCAUGUUUCUUCUCGGAGGCACUGCCUACGAGAUUGAAGACAAAAUCUACUCUGGAGAAUUCUUCAUGACCAUAGACGGCAGACGUGCAGAAGGCUUGUCUUUUGCAAUGACAGCCCCACCAGCAUUCGAGACUGAUUGCCAAGAUGGACAAAUGGCCGUGAAUGAGAAUUUCUCCGCUUACUGCCUGGACUGCCCCAAAGGAACAUUCAAACCAGUUGACAACAUCUCCUGUGUGAAGUGUGACUACCAGGAGUACCAGGACGAGGAAGCACAGUCUACCUGCAAGUCUUGUCCUGCUGGAACAAACGCCGUCUUCAGAGGAGCGAAGGACAUCGCAGACUGCACAGCCCAAUGUGUGGGAGAUGAGUCACCUUGUGCCGACUGCCAUCUUGUUAGUGGGAGCUUCCGCUGCAAGUGUGCUAAUGGAUGGGUGGGCUCGAGUGAUGGCCUGGUCUGUGGACGUGAUGGUGACAUGGACGGCUUCUCCGAUGUCCCCAUCUCAUGUGGAAAUGAGACAUGCAUCUUGGACAACUGCCCAGGAGAGCACAACCCUGACCAACUGGACAUGGACAAUGAUGGGAAAGGAGACGUCUGUGAUGAUGACACCGACGGUGAUGGUGUUUGGAACGACCAGGAUAACUGCCCGAUGGAUCCCAACCCUGACCAGAUUGACUCGGAUGGUGAUGGCAUCGGGAGCCUGUGUGACAACUGUGUCUCCACACCCAACUCUGACCAGGCUAACAGUGGUGACAGUGCAACAGGUGACGCUUGUAGGGCCGUGUUGGAAGAGGUCAUCGCUAAGCUAUGUGAGAACCUGCCUGACGGGACUUACCGUCCCCACCCGUUCGACUGCUCCAUGUACGUGCAGUGUCACCAGGCGGGACAUGACGCUGUGUUCAACUGUCCUUCGGCCACCGGCUGGAGCCAGGAACUACUCACCUGCGCCGGUUUGGACAGGUCACUUGUGGCUAGGCGCAGAGGCAACAUCAUCGACAAUCCGAGCCGAAGCUGACUCAGGAGAGACGUUCUCUCGUAUCAGGCAUCUUUUACCGCUUUCAAAAGAGCUACGCUAUAGAGGCAACCAAAGUAAAUUAGAUGCUAUUCGCGCAAAUUCUCCCUUGCUUGCUAUUUCACUUGCAUUGAAUA